AUGAAAAUCUUAGUAACUUCAGACGACACAGGAGCUGUUAAAGAAGUGGUAUGCUCCAGAGGAACUGACACUUCGAAGCAGGAUGCUAAGCAGCCAAAAUCAAUUAAGAACAUAUGUUCUGAACCUGGGGCAUCGGUCAGAACAAGAGUGUUACACAUGGUAAACUUCAAAUCUACAUUUUUGGUAGCUUCAAGAUUGGGCGGCUCAGUUACCAUCUAUGACUUGAACCACGAGGAAUAUGAAUUGGUGCACACGUAUCAAUUAGCCAUUUCCAACGAAGACAAACCGAUUUCGUUGAUUGAGCUCGAAGAGUUCGAUGUCGUUGUCGUAGCAUUUGAAUCGGGUAAAGUAUUUGUCAUUAACUUGAAUAAUGGUAAAUUUGACUUAGAUCCGAUAGAGAUACAAUUACCUGGUAAAAAAGGGAUCAGUGCAUUUAUAAAUAACCCUCAUGAGGCUGGGGUCUUCGCUUGUGGUGGUAAAGAGAAUGAUGCCAGAAUUAUUAGAUUAUUCGAAGGAGAAAUCACUAAAGACGUAUUCGAAGCCGAAAACAAGCAAGAAUUCUUCCAGCCUGACGUUAUAUUUACCGCAAGAAAUGUGAAAAAUGACCAUCUUGAUUUAAGACCACCAAUAUGGAUAAGUAGCAUCCUUUUCUUCGAAGAAAAACCUAAAGAUGGUUACAAGUUCUUAACUUCAACAAGAUAUGGUCAAGUACGUAUUUAUGACACAACCCAUGGAAAAAGACCGAUACAAGAUUAUAAAGUUUGUGAAAAACCAAUAGUUACCUUGAACUUCGCUGAUUCAGAAGAAGAAGUCAUCGUAUCUGACACGCAUAAUCUAGUCGCCAAAUACUCCUUGGCACAAAUCGAUUCCAAAGCAUUUAAAACACAUUCUGCUUCUGCAGGAGAAAUAACCAAGCCAGUUAGUAAGCUUUUAGGAAAAUUCUCAGCUGGGGGUAAUACUGGGGCCAUCGUUGGUGUAAAUAUCUUUGACGAUGAAAUAAUUUCAACUGGAGGAUUGGAUAGGUAUCUUAGAACAUAUGAUAUUAGCAGCAGGGAGAUACUUGCAAAGGUCUACCUUGGGGUGCAAAUCUCAGAUGUAUUGAUGUUGGAUAGUGAAGAUGAGGAAGAAGAAGAACCCGAGUCUGAAAUGGGAGAUAAACGUAAAAAGAAUAUUGAAAAAAGAAGGAGAAAAGCACUCGAAGCCGAAGAAAAUGAAAGUGACGAAGAAGAGUUGUGGAACCAAUUAGAAGAAAACAACAAAACUAAAAUUGAAAAGAAGAAGAGAAGAAUUUAA